UUUAGAGAAACCUCGCAAAACCCUAAACAGAGAGACGGGGGACUCCUUUCGAAGUUCUCCGACAGAUGCCAUGCCCAAAUUGCCCACGAUUCCUCCAAAGAGAGACAACUCCAAUCCUUGCAUCAACCUCCUGGACUGGAUUUUUCACCCACCCAGUUCGUCUCGAUAGAUCUUCGAUUCUUAUUUCGUAUUGCGAAGUAGUUUGGGCUUCUGAUUCGGUUUGCUAAUGCGAGCAGAACUGUUUCUCGCUGCUUCUCCAUGAAGGGCAGAGAGUCCCAGCAAAAACCCUGUUCAGUAUCCGAUCGAACUAUCGUGAAGUUCCGAUUUUUCGUCGAAAAGGGUAGUAACGCUGAAGCUAUUGGACGUGGAGCUGGUUCGGGUGAUGGCAAUGGAUUGGUGAUGACCCUCUUAUCCCUCAUUACUCGCCGUCCUAGGGUUCGAGCCUCCGGUGUUGCCGCAAGUUACUUGCACACUCAAGUUCAAGGAGGAUCUCGCGCAUUGCCCGGGUGUGAUGGAGAGGUAAUCGAUAAAACCGAGGCUUGGUUUGUCAAAGUUGCGUGCUCUGUGUUUGUGCAUUCGCGUGGUGUGGAUGCUUGCUUGGGCUACUUGCGGCAGCACUUGACGCCCUCGAUUGCAUUCGAGGUCACUCGGCGGCUGGGGGAUCCAAAAUUGGGCUUUGGGUUCUUUGAGUUCAGUAGGGUCGACGUGGGUGUUGUUCAUUGGGCUGUGACUUGUGAUAUGCUCAUGAGGAUAUUAUGUCGAGCUGGUCUUCAUGAUUCGGCAAGGGCAGUUUUUGAUUGCAUGAGGAGUGAUGGGCAUUCAAUCGACAGUGCAAGUUUUGGUUUUUUGUUAUUGUCAUUUGUGGAAGCAGGUAAAAUUGAUGGUGUGAAGCAUAUACUUGCGAAGGUUCAAGGCAGUGAGAUAAAGAUGAGUUCCCACAUCUGUAAUACAAUGUUGAACUUGUUGGUCAAUAGGAAUCAGGUGCACCAGGCAAUGUCCUUGUUUGAGGAGCAUUUGAUAUUGUACGCCAGUCCUGAUACUUGGACUUUGAAUAUUUUAAUCAGAGGUUUAUGCAGAGUAAGAGAUAUCGAUAAGGCAUUUGAACUUUUCAAUGAUAUGGAGAGUUUUGGUUGUUCUCCAGAUAUAGUUACUUUUAACACACUAAUAAAUGGAUUAUGUAGGGUCAAUGAGAUAGAUAGGGGGCACCAUUUGUUGAAGGAAGUCCAAUCGAGGUGUGACAUCUCGCCAGAUGUUGUGACUUACACGUCAGUUAUAUCCGGUUGUUGCAAGUUGGGUAGAAUGGAGGAAGCAUCCCUUCUGUUCAAAGAGAUGAACACUUCUGGCAUUAGACCCAGUACAGUUACUUUUAAUGUGCUAAUCGAUGGCUUUGGUAAGGCUGGAAACAUGAGCUCUGCCCUUUCCAUGUAUGACAAGAUGCUCUCUGUUGGUUGCUAUCCUGAUGUGGUUACCUUUACUUCCUUAAUCGAUGGGCAUUGUCGAGCGGGGCAGGUGAAGCGGGGCUUGGAGCUUUGGCAGCUGAUGUCUGCUAGGAACAUAUCACCCAAUGCUUAUACCUUUUCAAUACUUAUCAAUGCAUUAUGUAAGGAUAAUAGGUUGAAUGAUGCUCGUGAAUGUUUAAGACAGUUGAGAUGGACGAAUAUUGUCCCUAAACCAUUUAUUUACAAUCCAGUAAUGGAUGGGUUCUGCAAAGCGGGUAAUGUAGACGAGGCAAACAUGAUAUUGGCAGAGAUGGAGGAGAAGGGUUGCAGACCUGAUAAAUUGACAUUUACUAUUCUCAUCAUUGGGCAUUGUAUGAAGGGGAGAAUGAUGGAAGCAAUGAGAAUCUACAAUAAGAUGCUGUCAGUUGGUUGUGCUCCUGACAGCAUCACCAUUAAUUCCUUUGUCUCUUGCCUUCUAAAGGCUGGGAUGCCCAAUGAAGCCUUUCACAUAAGGCGAACUGCCUUGGAGGGCCUGAAUUUGGGUCUCUCCUCUUUGAAUAUGGCUAUUCCUGCUACAAUGAAUACAGACAUUGUUGUGGCUGUUUGAUGGAAGGUUGCCAUGUGCUGGGCCUAGGUUUGUUGCGGCUCGAGUGAUUGAGUGAUGUCCUUCCACCAUCAUACAUCCUUGCGGGUGUGUAGCUUCUUGCAUGAGUCAGUUAUGAAGCUGCUGGGAGGUAGUUCAAUCUAUCCUGGGGCAUGAGAAGUCUUUAGAUGUCGUGAAGAGCUUAUGCGUAUGCAGUACGGCAACAUCAGGACUCGGGGAGGUAAUACCUGGCAUCACAGCUAAAUUAUGCAGAGAGCUGGAGACCUUUUUUUUGUGUAUAGUAGAGAGAUUUUGAUAGCUAAACUAGAUGUCCCCAUGGAUUAUAAUUCCACAAUGGAGACUUCUAGCAUUGUAGCUGAAGCCUCCGGCUUAUGCAUCACUAAGAGUGAGAUCAUCAGGAAUGAGCAAUGCCCUAAGAAAAAAUGCGUCUGCUAUUGCAAGGCCACAAUGGGUCAUUAGCUUUCCAGAUUCUUCAAUCCUCUGCACAUUUUAAAUGUAAAUAGUCGCUUUCUUUGCUCAUCCAAAAUAAUUUGUCGGUGUCCCAUUAAUGUCCGAAGAAAGAUAAAUUUUAGCAGGGUUGAGCAAAGGGAUCGAUUUUCGGGUUAUGUUUCAUCGUAAGCUAUAAGGGAAAGGAUCCAACAAUUCAUAUCCGUUUGUUGAUUACAUUUUAUAUCAUUCCAUGGGGAUCUUAAAUCGGAAA